UUCAUAGGUAUUUGGUUCCACUUUCUUCCCCCCUCCGCCGUCAGUUUCGUGAAAAGUUCGACCCGCUUUGGGUCUCUCUUUUACUAUGUGUUGUACUGGCUAGCUUUCUCCUUUUCCUUUCCGGAAAGUUGACAUCCUAUGCCAUGGCUGCGAAACUUUCGUUUCUCUCAGAAUGAAAUCGUUGCUGAAUUUCGCCAAAUCUACUUUUUCAGCAUUGAUUUAUCUUCUGUGUUUACUAUCCUUCUCAUUCUGUUUACACAGUUGACAUUUUAAAUUUUACUCGGGAGGCGUGAGAGACGGUGAAAGUCCUUUCACCUCCUACCCAGAUCAAGAAUGUUUCUCAUCACCAGGCUUCGCAAGAGUUUCUUGAUGAGAAUAUGCCUAACAUUGGCGGUGGUCUCUCUCCUCUGGCUUCAUGUUGGAGUUUUCAUUUACCGUGGAGCUGAAAUUGAUUUUGAACAUAGGUCUAAUAGCAGCUCAGUUUUACUAAAUCAUCCAAACUUCAGUAAUAUAGAACUUGCCAAACCGACAAAUCUGACGAUCCCGGAAUUAAUGGAAAAAAUUACCAUAGAGAAUAAUGAACAGAAAAUAUGGAAUUCAAAACAUGUUUCUUGGCCACCAGUUAAUGAAACUGAAUUUUGGCCUAAAGGAAUUGUUAUUACAAUUCAGGUGCACAAUCGAAUAUCUUACUUAAGGAAAUUACUUCGAAGUCUAUCUCAAGCCGCAUGGAUAGAGAGAGCCCUAAUUAUAUUUUCACAUAACAUUUACAGUGAAGAAUUGAAUGAUAUUAUCCAGUCCAUUCCCUUUGCAGCUGUGAUGCAAAUCCAUUUCCCUUAUUCCACUCAACUAUUUCCGUACUCGUUUCCGGGAGACUCUCCCUCCGAUUGUCCGAGGGAUAUCAACAAAGAGCGAGCUAUUGCAGUCGGUUGCAGCAACGCCCAAACUCCAGAUUUAUAUGGCCAUUACCGUGAAGCGCGCUACAGCCAAACGAAACAUCACUGGUGGUGGAAAGUCAACUUCAUAUUCGGAAAAAUUAGAGCUCUUCGCGAUUACAAUGGCCCAGUCGUUUUCAUGGAAGAGGACCAUUACGUCGCUGAAGAUUUCUUACAUAUUCUGUGGCUCCAACAAAAACUACUUAAUGGAGGAUCUGAUUGUAGCUUCUGUAAUCAGGCUCACAUCUUGUCACUGGGUUCCUACCCGAAAUACUUUAAUCAUCGUGAAGCAUCGAAUAUGGUUGACUUGUUGCCUUGGUCAUCGAGCAAGCACAACAUGGGAAUGGCGUUCAAUCGAUCAGUGUGGAUAAACUUUCAGCAAUGCUCUGAGCUGUUUUGUUCUGUUGAUGACUACAAUUGGGACUGGAGCCUACUUCACGUUGCACAACAGUGUUUACCUAAGUUAUUCGGCGAUCCAACUAACUUAAAAAUGAAAUCAAAAUUCAUUUUGGGAGCGUUAGUCUUGAAGGCUCCUCGCGUUUUCCACAUUGGAGAAUGUGGAGUUCAUCAUAGGAAAGCAAACUGUGGAACUGACACUUCGACGUUGCGAAAAGCCGAGACGUCACUGAGAUCGGCGCGCAAGGCCCAAACACUUUUUCCAUCUACUUUGAAAAUUAAAAAUAUGUUGGGCACUAAAGGUAUUCGGUUGAAGAAAGGAAAUGGAGGUUGGGGAGAUCCUCGUGAUAGAGAGUUGUGCCUAUCUCUAACCAUCUUCGACUAGUUUCCACUUGUGAAAUACUACCCUAGUACUAGUUAGGGUGAAUUCAGGUCAGCUUUAGCUGUCAUCCACCAGGUAUAGAUAUAGAACAAAUUAGUACGGGCAAUAAGUACUUUCGACUUAACGGGUCGUUAUUCCCGAACGAGUUUAGUUUUGUGGAGACCACAUAUUGUGAUACGAAA